CUUAAUCUUUAUUGUGGUUUGUUCAAUCUUGAAUUUGAAUAUGCAGCCAUGGCUACUGAUGCCACCAACGCCACCGUUGAACUAAAAGAAUUCACAUAAAUUACAAUUAGAACUGUAUAAGUAUAAUAAAAUACAUAAAAUAAAAAAUAAAAAAGAAACUUACAAAACACAAACCUCGGUAGCUGGCCCAUAUUUGGGAGGUAGAAUGACUUUAAAAUAUACCUUUACUAACUUUAUUUUUAUUUUAAUUAGCUUAGCUAGAAGACACGUGACACUGCAGCUUGUAAACCAGGCGUGCGUCUCUAUCAAUGUUCCAACGGAAACACAUAAAACAGUUCCCACCUGACUAUCAAAACAAAAGCACUAAAAUACCAAUAAAAUACCAUAAACAUUAUUUAAAUAAAAGGUAAAUCAAAAUUAUGGCAGUAAAAUAUAAGGCAGUAUUUUUGCUAAUGUCCAGUGUUUUGGUUUUGCUGUAGAUGAUGUACGAAAACACAAUUUUUGACAAGUAAAUCCCUUUAAUAGCUGCACGCGAGAUCAUCUUGAAAUUACGGAAGGAGUUUCAUCAUUGAGGCUUUAUUUUUUUCGUGGCGAAACUGCGAUACAGUAUCGACCGAUGACAAGCUUCUCUCUGCCUGCUGUCAGUGCGUGCUCGGUGCGUGCGCUGUGCCAGGGGUGCGUGCGGUGCCAGAGUGGGCGGGGCUAACUGUACAGUACUGUACAGAGAAGUGCGGCGGUCUGCUCCACACGCUCUUUUCAUGUACGGCAGCGCAUGAUUUGAUUUGAUUUUUUUUUUUUUACAUUUACCCACAAGAAAACGCAGGCUAUAAUGGAACUGACAGCAGAGCAAGUAAAGAACGCAAAAGUUAAACUGAAAGAAUAUUUACCCCGCUCUAUAAAGGUGCACGGAUAUUUGCUGUUGAUGCUCAGGGGUCAGUCUGACCCAGUGAAGGUUUUUGUGGACCAAUGGCCUGACUUUAAUGUUGUAGUUUGCAAACCAGUUUGUAAACAGGAAGGGGACUUGUUUAAAGACAUCGACGUUUUUGCAACAAGUGAAGCAACAUUGAAAGAAGUAAUAAGAAAUUCUAAGGUGUUUGAUUGGUCAAAGUUCUUCUGUGUAGGUACUACUCUUGACAACAGAGCAAUAUUUAAAGCAGCGGCGUCAGAAAAACACAUUGUAUGCAGACAUCUGGCUGUGUGUCACAUGAUGAUCCUAAAAGAUGUGUCCAAGCUCCCUGAUAUCAACUGUGCUGGAAUCUCUAUAGGUUUUUUGAAUGAAUCCCACAUUGAAAUUGUCAAUAAGACGUGGAAGUUUGGACAAAAAGAUGCUUUAAGAAUGAUUCAAAACAUGGUGAGAAACUUCCCAUCCUGUUGCGUUUUUGAUGCAGAAGGAAGGCCCGUGUCCUGGGUUUUAACAUAUGCAUGCUGCUCUAUGGGAAUGUUGUACACCGUUCCUGAACAUAGAGGAAAGGGCUAUGCCAAAGUGGUGAUCAGUGAACUGGCUAGAAGACUCUUUACUGAGGGAUAUCCAGUGUAUUGCUUCAUUGAAGAGGGCAAUACAGUCUCUUAUGAGCUUUUCAAAGGGUUAGGAUUUAACGAAGAAGAACCUACAUAUAGAGAAUCUUGGUUUGACUUCACCCCAAAUGCUAAAUAA